AUGAAAUUUGCCAAGGAGCUGGCCAGAGAUGCCAUUCCUGAGUGGUAUCCUCACUAUCUGAAUUACAAGAUCGCCAAGAAGAAGAUUAAAGCCGUCAAGAAGGCAUACCGAAAUAUUCCAUCCCGCAAUGGCAACACCCCAGGCUCUUCCAUCCGGGAUGGCCCUGUGCGUGCUUUUCUCUCCAAAACUCGACGGAACACAGAAGCGCCUUCAGCCAGUCUCGCUGCAGCAGAACGUCGGUCUGCUCGAGACGCCGCAAAAGUCCAUGAGCGUAGUCGACUCCAGCAGCAGGAUCGAUCACAACAGCAGCCAGAGCGGCAACGUAUGUCCAGCUAUGGCUCGAUAAUUGGCAGUCCGCCGCACAGUCCUGCCUUGACACGCAAGAACCAAGGGGCGCCAUCACUUGAACUACCUGGGCCGGCAGUUGAGCCAGAGGAUGAAUCAGACGAAGUUGUUAGCCCGGGGACCAAGUCUAGUCAAUUCGCCCACGUUGGGGAUGCUUAUCAGAUCAGGAGACCCGUAGACGAGCCAAAUAAUGUCGCUCGGAUGCCUGCUCUCCAGCCGCAACGUACAACAUCAACUUCUUCGGCAACAUUCAGACGUCUGUUCUCCACGGCCAACGGGCGAGAUGCCAUGCCAAAAGACGUGGCACUGGAAGCUUACCGGGAAGUGGACUUUAGGCAGGCAGAGUUCUUCCAUUUCCUUGAUCUUGAGUUAGAAAAGGUCAGCAGUUUCUACCGCGACAAAGAGGAAGAGGCGUGCAAGCGCCUGGCUGCUAUUCGUGAGCAGCUGCAUCUCAUGCGAGAAGCCCGAUUGGAGGAGUUACUGGAAGCUCAGUCGAAGCACGCCCACAAACCAGCUUUCGAGGUGCCUGUUGACAAACCUUCCAAGGACGGUGUCAAUGGUGACGUGCAGGAUAACACAGGUAGUAAAUGGUUGAACCCCAAGCAUCUUGUCACCCAUCCGAUCAAGAAGUCGCUGGACCUUGCUGGCGGAGCACUCGAUCACGUUCGAAAUGGACAGCCCGGGAAGACUUCUCAGGCUAUGGGCAAGCUAGGUACUCCUACAUUCGCAGGUCGAGCCAGCGCGGACUAUGAGGAGCGCCAACGGGGAGACUACGUUCGUAAGUACAAGGAUGUCUCAUACCGGAGUGCGAAGCGAAAGAUGAAGAAUGCGCUUGCCGAGUACUACCGUGGAUUGGAACUGGUAAAACGUUUCGGCGAGCUUAACCACACAGCGUUCCGGAAGACUUUAAAAAAGUACAACAAGCUCAUGAAAUCCGUCGGUGGCACCACAACCAACUACAUGGACGAACGUGUUUUGAAAUCCUAUUUCAUUAAGUCGCAGAAGAUUGACGAAUUGCUCGACACUACCGAGGAUCUCUACUCGCGAUAUUUUGAGAAGGGCAAUCGCAAAAUUGCCGCAAGUAAGCUUCGAUCUCGUCUGGGAAAGAACGGCGAAGACUGGUCGGGGGCACUGUUCCGGUCAGGUGCUCUGCUGGCUACAGGAGCCGCAUUCGCAAUCCAGGGCGUCGUCUACGCUUUCUUGAUGAUCUAUUCCUCUCAUCCAAGGAUCGAUCCCACAGACAUAUCAUACGCGCUGCAAAUCUAUGCUGGUUAUUUCCUGAUGGUUCUCCUGGCCAUCGAGGUCGUGCUGUGUUGUGGAUGGUUCAAGCACACCAAAGUUAACUAUGAAAUGAUCAUGGAGCUGGACCGGAGAUCGGCUUUGGACUGGAAGCAACUUCUGGAGGUGCCUUCUUGGCUCUUCUUCGUCUUUGGCCUGACGAUGUAUCUGAAUUUCAGCGUCGUGGCAGGCGGUUUCACCAUGUUCCAUUACUGGCCGGUCGUCCUCAUCGGUCUUUCAGCCGGGUUCCUGUUCGCUCCCGCACCUGUGUAUUACCCCAAAGCCCGUGCUUGGUUCCUGGAUGGAGUGGCUCGAAUGGCACUUUCGGUUACGAUGCUGCCUACCGUCAACUUUCGAGAGUUCUUUUUCGGCGAUCUAUUCUGCUCUUUGGCGUACUCCAUGGGCAACAUAGAGCUCUUCUUCUGCCUGUACGCCCGGGACUGGAACUCGCCAUCGCAAUGCAACUCCUCGCACAGUCGUCUGCUCGGUUUCUUUAGUGCUCUACCGGGCAUUUGGCGUGCCUUGCAGUGUUUAAAACGCUUCUGGGAUGAUUACCAAGCAAAACGCGAAUUCAUCGUCUUCCCAAACCUCGUCAACUUUGGGAAAUACUGCUUCACCAUUAUGCAAUACACGACUCUCUCCAUCUGGCGCAUCAACCCCAGCGAUGCAAGAUUGGGCGCUUUCAUCGCCAUGGCCAUUUGCAAUACCCUUUACUGCAUCACUUGGGACAUCGUCAUGGACUGGUCUCUCUUCGACUUGCAACACAGACUGCUCCGCAAGCACUUGGUGUACCGCAAAUACGAAUGGAUGUACUACAUUGCCAUGAUACUCGAUGUCCCCUUGCGAGCCAAUUGGAUGUUCUACGUCAUUUUCGCCAAAGACGCCCAGCAUUCUACCAUUGUCUCUUUCGCUAUCGGACUGUCUGAAGUUCUCCGAAGAGGAAUGUGGACUCUCUUCCGUGUGGAAAACGAACAGGCUGCCAAUAAUGCCAGGAGUCUCGCGAGUAAAGACAGACCUUUGCCGUACAAGAUUAUGCCUGGGGAGGAAACGGAUGGCGCCUCUGACGCUGUUACUCCGCCGGAUCCGGACGCGGCGAACGCGGCAGCAGAAGCGGCACAACAGGCAGAUCAGCACUCGCCUGCGUUGGAAAGACAGUCUCAGUCUCCUGCCAUGACUGCCUUACAGAGGGUCGGAAGCGUCAUGCGUGCCGCGCAUACAAGGGAUUAUGAGCGGAAGAACAAACCUGAAGAUCCAGGCUUGGAGGAUAUCGCGGAUGAUGACGACGACGACGAGGACAACGAUAGCGAUGAUGAGUAG